ACAACCAUGAGAACGGUCGUGAUCCUCGCCAUCCUUUCCUUAGCAGGGGCGACAGCAAGCAAGAUCAUUUACCCAACUCUGGUGGAAAGUAGGGACCUUGACGGUCACAAAGUUGUACACAUCGACGAUGAUCUAACACUCACCCUGCGCAGGAGCGACUUUCUGGGGAAAGGUCUUUUCACUUUCCAACUGGAAGAUGGGCAGCUCCGUCCCGAACUCGUGAACACCGCUAUAUUUAAUUUGCAUGAGGACACUGAGCACUUGUCGUCUGUCGUGGUGCACGAACUGCAAAAUGGUGUGCAAUUGAGAGGCUUCCUGACGCCAUCCCUUUAUAUUGAACCUCUGUACAAGAUGGAGCGUUCUGAUGAUGGUCGAAUGGCACACAAGAUUUAUAACGUGCGUGAGGAUCUCCCCAUCGGACAAUCAUACCAUUGGAGCCCCUUCGGUCCGGUACUGCCUCUGACUGUAUGGAUUGACGUGGGCAUCGUGAGCGACGUCUGGCAUCAGCAGUCUUUUAAGAGUUACAAGGAACACUUGAUCUACCUGGUCAUCUUCAUGAGAUCGGUUACUCUAAGGUUUGCGGGCACUCUACCUAGGAUGAAGUUCAGGCUCGUGGGUGUGUACUGGUCAACGGGUAGAGAAGAAUUCAAUAACCUAUUGGGAAGCGGUCCGAAGCAACCUGUAGACGGGGAAGACGUACUUGAGAGUCUCCUUAAAUUUUUGAACGCUAGCAGCAACGGCACCCAUCCAACGCCGGACACCGUAUACCUGAUCACAAAGCGACAGAACAUCACAGAGUACUCCGAUGAAAACAAGACGCAUUCUGGAUUGGUUCAAGGCAUGGCGUACGAAGGAGGCGUCUGUUCUGAAUACAACGUUGCUGUCGGCUGGGACGAUGGAAGAUUCUAUCAUGGCGUAGACACAGCUGUACGGCAAAUGGCACACUUGCUGGGUGCGCCCUGGGAGUACGACACAUUUUGUGAUCCGAGAGAUGGCUAUGUGAUGGGAAAUAUUAAGACAUCUCCUAAUGCAUACAAAUUUUCUGUGUGUAGCCAGGCUGGGAUGGUCAAUACCCUACACGAACGCUUGCUCGAGGAUUUAGAGAUGAAGAGGAGCAGCGACACAAGAUACAAGACGGCAUGCUUCGAUUCGCCUUAUAGCUCGAUGGACGCUAUUAGUAAAAAAUUACCUGGUGACAUCACCGACCCGAUACAGUUCUGCAGGGACGUCAUGCCAACUAAAGACAAGUCAUACGUCCACCUUUGCGAGGACUGGUUUUCGAACAAUGACUGGAAAAGGGACGACUGCGUGACGCGUUGCUGCUACGGAAGUGGCAUGAGACUGUACCAGCAAAUUCCAUACAGAUCCCUGGACGGGUUCAAAUGCUUUAAAAGCAAGAAGGUAUGCUACGCUGGGCAAUGUGUGGAGCCCGGCACGGACGUCAAUACGGUUUGGUAGAAUAAAUAUUUGUCCGGA